GCCACCCCCCCCCCCCCCCCCCCCCACCAACCUCUUCAAAAACCAACGUUUUAUCACAUCCACUCACCACCACCACACCUUCCAAAUUCAGAAACUCACCGUUUCUUUCCACGUCUCUCACCGCCGCCAUGCCACCAGAAACGCCCGCAAACUUCUGGGGCGACAUGCCCGAAGAAGAGUACUACACCUCCCAAGGCGUCAAGAACACCCAAUCCUACUUCGAAACGCCGAACGGCAAACUCUUCACCCAAUCCUUUUUACCGUUGAAUCAAACAGUCAAAGCCACAGUCUACAUGACCCACGGCUACGGCUCCGACACUGGCUGGCUCUUCCAGAAAAUCUGCAUCAACUUCGCCACCUGGGGCUACGCCGUCUUCGCCGCCGAUCUCCUCGGCCACGGCAGAUCCGACGGCCUCCGCUGCUACCUAGGCGACAUGGAGAAAAUCGCCGGAAGCUCCCUAUCUUUCUUCCUCCACAUCCGCAACAGCGAGCCGUACAAAACUCUCCCAGCUUUCCUCUUCGGCGAGUCCAUGGGUGGAGCUACAGCUAUGCUCAUGUACUUCCAAUCUCCGCCGGACGCGUGGACGGGCCUGAUUUUCUCGGCCCCGCUCUUCGUCAUGCCGGAAAACAUGAAACCUAGUAAGGUGAGGCUCUUCAUGUACGGAAUGCUGUUUGGGAUCGCUGACACGUGGGCAGCCAUGCCCGACAACAAGAUGGUCGGAAAAGCGAUUAAGGAUCCGGAGAAGUUGAAGAUUAUAGCUUCGAAUCCGAGGAGGUACACUGGGAAACCGAGAGUUGGGACGAUGAGAGAGCUGGCCAGGGUGUGCCAGUACAUACAGGACAGUUUUGAGAAAGUGACGGCGCCAUUUUUGACUGUACAUGGUACCUCGGAUGGGGUCACGUGCCCCACGUCGUCGAAGCUGUUGUACGAGAAGGCGGCGAGUGAGGAUAAGAGUUUGAAGAUCUAUGAUGGGAUGUACCAUUCGUUGAUUCAAGGGGAGCCAGAUGAGAAUGCGAACCUUGUGUUGAAGGAUAUGAGGGAGUGGAUUGAUGAGAGAGUUGAGAGGUAUGGGUCCAAAAAUCUUUGAUCAAAUAUUUGCCACUUUGUAAUUUUAUUUCUUGAUCUUUCCUUCUUCUUUUUUUGGGUUUUUAAAAAAAAAAAAAAAAUUAAAAAGUUAAAAGUGUUAAAGGGGUGGAGCAGAUUGUCGAUUUAAAAGUCAAUGGUUGGAUCAAAAAUGUAAUAAUGAUCAUGGAUUACUGCUAGACUUUACAGUGUUGUUGUGUUGAAUGUUAUAUAACCUCGAUUGUGUGUUUGUGAGGGGUUAUACAGUUAUACUUUUAAAGAAUCUGUCAAAACACAAUUAGAACAAUCCCAAUUUGAUGUACAAGGAUAAAUUAUGAUAGAAGGAUUUUGAUUUAUUUAAGGUUUA